AUGGCGCUUCUUAAGACGAAGUAUAUGCCAUUAAGUGAAGUAAAUAUCUCACCCGAACGUGUUGCAACGUAUGAUGGUCAACAGAUUACGUUAUCAUCAUGUCCAAGUACAAGUGCAUUUAGUAUGGGGAAUUAUUUAGGUGGUGGUAUUGCUGGUGUUGUCUAUGAAGCAUUUGAUCAACGGAUGAAACGACCGGUUGCAAUUAAAAUAUUAAAUCCUGUAGGUUAUAAACUUACAAGUCCAAAUAUCUUACGGCGUGGAGAAAUUAUUAAACCAGGAGUGCCAAUAUUUGGUAAUUUACGUGGCAUGACAGUCGAGAAUGUCUAUUGGGUUCAUUUACCACGACGAAAGGAUUUAGUCGCGUGUUAUGUAACAGGAAAUCAUGGAAAUAACAAUCAUCCUCAUCAUCAUUCGAGUAUUCCAAUGUUACGUGAAUUAACAUUAGAAAUGUGUGUAAGUCUUUGGUUAUUGGAUCAUCAUGAUGAUGAGGAAUUACAAGAGAAUAAUAAUCGAAGAAGAAGAAGUCAAAGUACUGAGCGACGAAAUGAGUUACAAUUAUCAUGUGAAGAUCCAAUACAAGAACCUUUACGAGCUGCAGCAGCUGCUACUUCUUCUGCUAUGUCUACUACUUGUACUAGUACUAAUACUAGCACGAGUACUGGUUUAUCAACAAGUUUACAUUUGAGUCAAAAAUUAGAUCAAAAUCAUCAUGGUGAUGGCAUUGAUGAUCAUGAAGCUGCACAGAGAGGACAUUGUGUUGAUGAUGAAGAAAAGAUUCUUGUACAUGACAAUACCUAUGUGAUUCCAUCCUUACCUGCAAAAUAUCGUGCAUUUUUACGAGCGAGAAAGACCAUUUAUCGAGAAAUUGCACAUAUGCACAAAUUGACGGGCAACAGUGUGACGGGUGAGCGCAUUGGCAGCGGUCAUGAAAAUGUACUACAAUUGUAUGAUGUACUGGAACUCGUACAACCGUCCAAGUCGACGAUCUUUUUAGUGUUAGAAUUAGCAUAUGGAGGUGAAUUAUUUGACCGUAUUCGAGGAGACUCUGGCGUGGAGGAAAAUGUAGCGAGGACUUACUUUAAGCAGCUACUGGCUGGUGUGAGAUAUUGUCAUCAGCUUGGAAUUGUGCAUCGAGAUCUCAAGCCGGAAAAUUUGCUCUUGAGUGACUCGGAUGUGCUCAAAAUUGCGGAUUUUGGCUUAUCCGCCCACUUUAUUGCAGCUGUCAGCAGUGGCAGUAGUGUAGAUGACCACGGCAACAACGACGAGAGCGGGAUCACGAACCUCAUGGCUUCGUCGCGCUUCCGGCGACUGAACUCGAUCGUUGGAUCUCCUCACUAUGUGGCACCUGAGGUUUUGCAAAACGCGCGGUAUGGAUAUGAUGGACGCAAGGCAGACAUGUGGAGUAGUGGCGUUAUUUUGUAUGGACUACUGGUAGGCACGCUACCUUUUGGACGGGACCUUGUCACGUGCCCAAGGUAUCUCAAAUUCUCCGAGUGGCUGCGGUCCCUGCCCGUUGAUCCGCACACGGGUAAGUUACUGCUCGAUGUUAACUUAUUCCAUGCUGGAGGAAGCUCCAGUAAUUCGAAAGAGCAGCUACCAGAAAUGUCAUCCACCCACCCGAGCUACCACGCGACUUCACCAAUGUUGGGGCUGAUGCUCAACAGCUCGAAUAUGCUUUGGAGUCCGAAUCAAGCUGCUGGAUUGUGCUCUCCAUCGGCGAGCGGCAACAGUCCGUUCUCACCUGAUACCAGUAAGAUUAAGUCAGGAUCUGCUGGUGUUGGUGGUGUCCAGCCGCGCCGUCCAGUGGCAUUUCCCACGUGGUUUUUCCCGUCCACAUUAUCACCAAUUGCUGCAUUUUUGCUAGCAUCUUUACUCCACCCUGACCCGAAUAAGCGAAUCUCCUGCGAGGAAGCUUGCAAAUCAAGUUGGGUGCUCGAGGCGUAA